CGUAUCUUUCUGAUCUGUCAUGUAUUUGUUCAAGUUGCGUUAUUUUAUUGUUUAUUAUUAUAAUUUAAUAUUUUUUGGAAACGUACAUUGUUGUUCAAUGAACAAAGUAAAUUGAUUUUAUUAUCAACUCUGAAUUGUGGUAAUUGUUUUAUAGGCUAGAUUGAUGUCCAGUGGAUUUGAUGUUAUGAACUGAAUUUUGUAAACGAAUAAUACUUUACUAAAGUAUUUUUUUAAAAAACACUUGUUCUACAGUAAAUAUUACUGCCCGCCUUAUUAAAUUAUAUACAUUAUAAUGGCACAUUAUAAGGGUGCUGCCUCUGAGGCAGGUCGCGCUAUGCACCUCAUGAAGAAGCGAGAAAAAGCUCAGCAAGAAAUAGAACUACGUAAAAAGAAAAUAGAAGAAGAUCUAAAAAUAGAUAAUAUCGAAAACAAGUUUGCUACACAUUAUGAUGCAGUAGAACAACAAUUGAAAAGCUCUACUAUAGGUUUGGUAACCCUUGACGAGAUGAAGGCGAAACAAGAACACAUAGUACGUGAGAGAGAGAAGAAACUGGCACAGAAGAAGGCUGAAAAAGAAAAAGAGAGACAAAAGGAAAUUGAAGCAAAACAGGCACAGAAAAAUAAACAGAAACGACAGAUUCAAGCACUUUCUUUUGACAUGAAUGAGGAGGAAGAGGAAGAUGUAUCAGAGGAGGAAAUUAAAGUUGAAGAGCCUGAAAUGAACUGGAGAGAUAAAGAAGAACCUCUACUGAAAAAAAUAAAGAAGAAUCCAGAUGUGGAUACAUCAUUCCUGCCUGAUAGAGAACGUGAGGAAGCAGACUUAAAACUUAGGGAGGAACUUCGUUUAGAAUGGGUGAUGACACAAGCUAGCCUUAAAGAUGAACCAAUUACUGUCACCUUUAGCUAUUGGGAUGGCUCUGGACAUCGACGAAAUGUGACUUUAAAGAAAGGGAACUCAAUUUACCAAUUUCUACAGCGUUGCUUGGACACGUUGCGGCCCGAGUUUAGUGAGCUCAAGACAGUGUCUGCUGACCAACUCAUGUAUGUGAAAGAAGACCUUAUACUGCCCCACCAUUAUACAUUUUAUGACUUCAUAGUCAUGAAGGCACGAGGAAAAAGCGGUCCGUUGUUUCAGUUUGAUGCAUCAGAUGAUGUAAGAUUAGUUAAUGAUGCCACACAAGAGAAGCAAGACUCACAUGCAGGCAAAGUAUUGUUAAGAUCUUGGUACGAGAGAAAUAAACACAUUUUUCCAGCUUCCAGAUGGGAGCCAUAUGAUCCUACCAAAACAUAUUCAAAAUAUACAAUCAAAGGAAAAUGAACUAUUGUAUAUUACAAUAGUUGUUGACAUUUCAUAUCAAAGUAAUUGAUGUUAAAAACAAGCAGUAAAUCGGGCAAUAAAAGUAAUUAAAUAAGUUCUU